AUGUCGCCGUCCCGCAGCUCUCGACGGAGCCCCCGGCCCCGCCCGCGGCCCCCGAGCCCCGCAAGGGGCCACCACAGGGCCCAGAGCUACGCGCGCGUGCGCACCCGGGCCGAGGUGCGGGGCGGCGGCCGCAAGCCCUGGCGGCAGAAGGGCUCCGGGCGCGCCCGGCACGGCUCCACGCGGUCACCGCUCUGGAGGGGCGGUGGCAUCGCCCACGGCCCGCGGGGCCCCACCAGCUACUUCUACAUGGUGCCCAUGCGGGUGCGGGUGCUGGGGCUGAAGGUGGCCCUGAGCGUGAAGCUGAUGCAGGACGAGCUGCACGUGGUGGACAGCCUGGAGAUGCCCAGCAGCGACCCCCGGUACCUGCUGGAGCUGGCCCGGGCCCGGCGCUGGGGACACUCGGUGCUGCUGGUGGACACCAAUGAAUUCCCGGAGAACAUCAGCGCCGCCGUCGAGGGGCUCAAAUCCAUCACCCUCAUCCCCGCCCUGGGGCUGAACGUGCACAGCCUGCUGAAGCACCAGACGCUGGUGCUGACCCUGGACGCCGUCGCCUUCCUGGAGCAGCGGCUGCUGUGGCACGACACGCGCUACUCGCCCCUGGUGCCCUUCUCCCUGCCCCACCGGGACGCCCCCGGGGCCGCCUGACACCCCCCCGGUGGCGUUUGUGCCCCCUCGGGUGGCAUUUGUCCCCCCCAUGGGGCAGGAUCCCAUCAGGAAGGGAUUUGGGGACAGCGCGGCGCAGUGAGGUUUUGUCCCCUCUCUGUGUCCUGAAAGGAUUUCCUGGAGCCCCCCCAGGUGGAAUUUGCCCCCCCUCAGGUGGGAUUUGCCCCCCUCGGGUGGGAUUUGCCCCCCCCAGGUGGGAUUUGCCCCCC